UCUAAUUACACCAUCCCUGCUCAAGUUAGGGCUUGCUGUGCCACCAUGUACAGUAAUAUUUGGGGUUGUGCUAUUGUGUUUAUUGAGUUGUAGCUGGCCUCUGCUGAGCUGCCCUGGCUGGGGAGCAGAGUCUCAUGGGUUGUCAGUCCCACCUCUUAGCUAAGUUAGCUUUAAAGGGAGCAAAGCCACAUAGUGCCAGCUAGAGCCGAUGCUGACAAUGGAGGUUCUGGGGACAAGGCUACACCUAUGGCGACCUUUACAUAUGUGUCAACCUUCUAAGAGUGAAAGUGGGAGAAACAAAUUGGGACAUAGGUGAUCCAUAAAACCUAUUGCAUGUAAAUCUGCAGAGAAUGCUAAUGUCUCAGGAAGCAACACCCUGCAAGAUGCUGUGUCUGACUCCUUAGAAGAAAUCAGUUUGAAAACCCUGGAAAACACCCAACAAUGGCUUAAACAUAGCAAAAAGCCAGGGUAAUGCAGGCCACAGUUAGUAAUGUGUAUAUACCAUCGUUUUGACUGUUUACGCUUGGUUGUAUAGCUGAUAAGCUCUGACACAUACAACGAUCAUUAAUUUUCUAGGGGUUCACCCCUCACGUUCAUGGCAGUCCGACCCCACCCCAUGAUAUGGAGCUGCAACUGUUGAAAGCUGGAGUACAUGUGUUUGUGGAGAAACCGGUGUCCCUCCAACCUCCAGAGAUAUUCCUACCUUAUGUCCAGACUGUUGAAGAGCUCAGGAAAGAGAAGGGGCUGAUAGUUAGUGUGGGAUACAUGUUUAGGUACCAUCCAGCUGUGGAGAAGAUGAAGUCAGUGCUGGCAGAGCACGGUCGUCCGGUGGUGGGUCUGUCAGCCAUCUACCAGUGUGCAUACUCCACUCUUGACAGACCUCUCUGGUGGAACAUGGAUACCUCUGGAGGUCCUAUAGUGGAGCAGGCCACCCAUUUCUGUGACCUAGUCCGCUAUCUCGGAGGUGAAGUGAGGCCUGAGAGUCUGCAGGGGCUCUGUGUCCCCUACUCCGGGGAGCCCGCCUCGGCUGGCUACCUCACUGCCGUUCCUGGUAACAUUCGUGAGGCCAGUCUCUUACCCAGCCAGAGAAUACCACGCUUCACCACCGCUCACUGGUCAUUUGAGGGAGGUGGUGUGGGCUCACUAGUACACGGAGCCGUGCUCCAAGGACGUCGCUAUGAAGCGAGACUAGAGGUUUGGGCUGAUGGUCUCACGAAUUACCCUGGAUGACCCUUACACUGACGGCUGCACUCUCAAAAUCAGAAGAGGUUCAGAUGACUGUGAGGAAGUGUUUACUUAUGCUGGUGCAGACCCAUACCUGGCUGAAGACAGGGCCUUCCUGACUGCUGUGACGUCUGGAGACUCCACUCACGUCCUCUCCAGCUACUCUGAUGCAUCCAAGACGUAUGCCCUUAGCUGGGCCAUUAGGAACGUCUCUAUGUCAGUCUAGUUGACUCUAGAGUGUGCCGAGUUAAUUGUAUACU